ACACACACACCGCUUCAUGAGAGGAAAGACCGAUUUUUUAACAGAUAUUUCUUCACUGUUUUAUCAUGUUGGGUUGUUGUUGCUAACUGCACGUACACACACAUAUCUGAGCACACGUCGGUCAUGGAGGGCGACGUGGAUGAAGAUGAUGGGACUUUUACUAACAUCUCACUGGCUGAUGAUUCAGCUGACGGUGAACCUACAGUCCUGCGCUUCAGAUCAGAGGAGCAGUACAGCACCAUGAACUGUGAGAUCGAUGGAGAUAUGGAGAAUCAAGUUGAGCAAGAGGAGAAAACAAGACUCAUAAACCAAGUGUUGGAGCUUCAGCACACGUUAGAAGAUCUCUCUGCACGUGUGGAUGCGGUUAAAGAGGAGAACCUUAAGCUUAAAUCGGAGAACCAGGUUCUUGGGCAGUACAUCGAGAACCUCAUGUCCGCCUCAAGUGUGUUUCAGACCACCGACACCAAAAGCAAACGGAAAUAAGUGAAUGCGUGUUUCACCUACAUCUUCUCUUCUCUACAUUCAGACUACACAUAAGCCGCUGCUCGUUUUUUAUUUAUUUUGUUGUAAAAUAUACAGAUGCAUCUCUCAGCAUGGUUUGGGCAAUACUUGAAUGGACUGAGCUGCUGCCUCUCCCUGUCAGCUAACUGUGUUAGGAGAUAUAAAGGGAUGCAUGAUGCGUUUUGUGAUCAGAUAAGUACAGAUUACCUUCUGCAUAAUUCAUUUAGCAGGUGCAUAACCAAUCUCAGACCCUCUCUUUGACUUCACAGCCUAAAUACUAGAAAGCCAAAGUCUGGAUUUGAAGAGAUGUCUUGGAUUGUAGCUACUAAUAUUUACAUUGGAAAUGCAUUAUGAAACAUGUAAAGCACAGACUGCUCAAACUUUUCCCUGAAAAUGCAUGACAUCCCAUAAUCAUCCAUAACCAACAGCAUGAAUUCAAAACUAAAAAUAGAUCAACAAAAGUAGUCGUUUCAUUUGUUACAACCAAAGUUCUAGUUAUCUCAAUGACAGUCGCUUAGUUGAUGCAAAAAUAUCUGCCAGUUGAGUUCUGCCACACAUACAAACUGGGUUGUACUUCGUCUUGAGCAGCUUUCCAAGUAUUACUCAACCGGAGAAGGAUAAUACACUCUGAACCAGCUAGGACUCCUGUCUUAAAGCGGUAGUUCAUCCAAAUAAUCAAAUGUACUCACUAAUUACUCCCCCUCAAGUGCUACCAACCCUUUGUGAGUUUCUUUAUUCUGUUAAACACAAAAAGUAUUUUGAGAAAAACUGAAAACCGGUAACAUUGACAUCCAUAACAGAAAAAAAUAACUAAUAACUAAUGUGGAAGACAACGGUUAUAGGUUUGCUGCUUUCUUUAAGAUAUCUUCUUUUGUGUUCAACAGAACAAAGGAAGUCUAAAAUGUUUGAAAGGAUAAGUAAAUAAUAAGAGAUGUUUCAGUUUUGGGUGGACUAUCCCUUUAACAUUCACAUUGUGCGUGCCAGUGUUGCCAAGUCCUCAGUUUUCCAUUAGAGUUGCUCUACUUUGCCGUUUUUUUUAAUUCAGCAGUUCUCAAUACUGGUCCCCACAAACAUUGCUUUGCCUUUUUGCAUAUCACUAUUGUUUAAGACAUAAUUUAAAUAACCAGCUCAUUGGAAGAGAGCUCCAAGAAGGAACUGUUCAGAUCAGCAUGUUCCCUGCAUAGUGUUCAGUGCUGUCUACCCCCUAAACACACCUAGCUAAACUUGUUUACUUUAUAAAAAA